CAUGAGACAUUCAAGGCCGACGGAACACACGUUUACUCCAGUUGAAAACAUCCAGCAGUCUGCACGUGUGGAUUUAUUCCUAAAAUGUUGGAUGUUCUACAGUAUAAGCUACAUGUGUCAAGAGGAAAAGCAGCAUAUGUAUUAUAGCCUGCAGUUUAUUAAAAGGCUCAACCUGCAAGCUUAAUCGUUAGCUUCAUCGCUAUCAAACCAUUUAGCUACAGACUCAUCACCAUGGCUGGAAGAGGAAGGGGUCAGAUGACCUUCAACCUGGAGGAUUUGGGCAUAGGAAGGGGAGACAGCCUGCCCCCCACCACCUUUAAGCCCUCACCCCUCUUCCCUCCCAUGCCAGUCCAGCCUGUGCCCCUGCAGACAGGAGAGGAGGUGGAGUACAUGCUGGCUCUGAAACAGGAGCUGAGGGCCGCCAACAAGACCCUGCCCUUCUACAUCAGACGGGCCGCUCCCAAAAGAGAUGUUGAUCGCUACUCUGAUAAGUACCAGAGCGGAGAGCCCAAGGACAGUGCCAUCGAGUGGAGCCCAGACUGGAGCAGAUUACCUAAAGAGCUUUGCAUUAAAGUGAGGAAGCCUCUGGCUAAAAGACAUCCACCCCAAGUUAAACAGCCAAAGAAACCUCUUGUGGGAAAAGAGGAGAUUCUCACCAAGCUGGAGACUCUCGAAAAGAAAGAAGAGGCGGUGAACUCUGAGGAAGAGGAAGACGGGGAGAAAAAGAAGACGAACGAGGAAGAAGAACAGCCAGAGGAAGAGGACUACGAGGAAGACUUUGAAGAGGAUACCGACUACAUCAUGUCUUACUUUGACAACGGAGAGGAGUUUGGAGGGGACAGCGACGACAACAUGGGCGAAGCUACUUACUGAGAGACCGUGCGAGUGCUGAUAACACCAAAUAGACUAGAAGAGGAGGCCUUAAGUAAUCGUCCCCGUGGACGCAGUUACAGUAUUUGAAUUACUUGUGGAGUCACUGGCCAUCGUAACAGACAUUGAAGGCCUGCUGCUAUUCAGCCAUGACAGGUAUAGUCUAAAACAUGGAAAGAACAAUAUGCUGCUGUCUGAUAACCUAGGUCCAGGACAUGGAAGGUGGUGACUGCUGUUGGAAACAGUUGCUCAAUGUAGAUGUCUAGAGCAAAUACUCAGACUUGUUGUAUGUGGUGGUUUAAAGUCCCAAAGAUACUAACUAGUCAUGCUGACUGUUCCCCUUUCUUCAGCUAUGUUGAGGUAGUAAUGGGAGCUGAUUUAUUUACAGGCCAUUGUGGCCUUUUAUAACUUUAAUAAUUGAUUUUAUGGUUUUAAUUAACAGAUAAUGUGCAAUUGUAGUGAUAGUGUUUUUAGAGUAACGGCAUGUUUUAGAGAAAGGUAAUUUAGCUUUUACAAUUCCUUGGUGUAACAAUCUUUUUUUUAAGUGUAUACGACAAUCAAAGUUUUUAAUUACAGUUUUCCAUGUCUUAGCUAAUCGAAAAAUGACCUUUUGUUAAUUUUAAAUAUUUUAUUUCUGUAAUGUGACAUUUCUGUUAUGCGAGUUGAACAUUUGAAAGUGUUGAAUUUGAUUCUCUAAAUACAUUUUAAAGAACCCGAGCAAAUAGUUGUGUUUUGUAUCAACCAGCAGAUGGCAUAUUACUCCAAGGUAAAUCAAGGGGCGGUUUAUGUUCACUGUGUGUAGUUGGUAGGUUAUGCAGCUAACAAAAGAAAAGGUUAUUCACCAUUGUCAAGUAAAAGGCCAUUUAUAGUGGUGAGCUCCCAAAAUGUUUUUCUUCUUCUUCUAUUUCUACCCUUGAAAUAGUGUGAUCCUCCAUUUCAUUGAACAGGGUUUAACAUUGUUGCCGUCAGAAGUGAAAAGAAAACCCUAAGGGCAGAAAGUUUCCAUUGCGUGACUAGUUUUGAAAAAAGGGCAUUGUUUAUUUGUUUACUCCCAAGUCUUCUGCUCUCUUACCAUUGGAUUUUGAGAAAGUCUCUAUCCAAAACAACAUCAAUAACACCACACCACGGGGUGGCAGGUAGCCUCAAGGUUAAAGCGUUGGGCCAGUAACUUAAAGGUUGUUAGAAUCCCAAAGCUGACAAGUUGAAAAAUCUGUCGCUGUGCCCUUGAGCAAGGCACUUACCACUAAUUGCUCUUGGGACGCUAGACAAUGGUGACCCUGGCUGUGACCCAACUUCCUGCAGGUGUCUCAGGGGGAGUUUCUGUUACAUACUUAUGCGUAACAGGACAAGUAUAAGCCGUCCCCUCAAAUAAUAAUAAUUAUUAUAAAAAACAAUGCACAGUUAGUUUACUACUCAUUUAAUCAUAAUUUAUAGAUCGGCAGGUAAGGGUGCUGUUGAGCGGCUAAAUGUGCUUUACCAUUCGGCCAUCAGAUUUGCCACCAAUGCUCCUUAUAGGACACAUCACUACACUCCUCUGUAAACUGGUCAUUUCUGUAUACCCGUCGCAAGACCCAUUGGUUGAUACUUAUUUAUAAAACCCUCUCAGGCCUCACUCCCCCCUAUCUGAGAUGUCUACUGCAGACCUCAUCCUCCACAUACAACACCCGUUCUGCCAGUCACAUUCUGUUAAAGGUCCCCAAAGCACACACAUCCCUGGGUCGCUCCUCUUUUCAGUUCACUGCAACUGCAGCUAGCGACUGGAACGAGCUGCAACAAACACUCAAACUGGAGAGUUUUAUCUCAAUCUCUUCAUUCAAAGACUCAAUCAUGAACACUCUUACUGACAGUUGUGGCUGCUUUGCGUGAUGUAUUGUUGUCUCUACCUUUUUGUGCUGUUGUCUGUCCCCAAUCAUGUUUGUACCAUGUUUUGUGCUGCCACCAUGUUGUGUUGCUACCAUGUUGUCAUGUUGUGUUGCUACCAUGCCGUUGUCAUGUGUUGCUGCCUUGUUAUUUUGUUGUCUUUAGGUCUCUCUUUAUGUAGUGUUGUGAUAUGUUUUGUCCGAUAUUUCUAUAUAUAUAUAUAUUAUUUUUUUAAAUCCCAGCCCCCGUCCCUGCAGGAGGCCUUUUGGUAGGCCGUCAUUGUAAAUACGAAUCUGUUCUUAACUGACUUGCCUAGUUAAAUAAAGGCAUACAAGUGGG